UCCUCUAAGCAAGAUGAUCUACCUGCACGGGACACUGGCAAGCUGGAACUGAUCACAGAACAGACUGAUUUGAUGAAGGAGCCCUCUAAGCAAGAUGAAUCUACCUGCAGGGGAGAUUGGCAAGCAGCAAAAUGAACUGGAACUGAUCACAGAACAGACUGAUUUGAUGAAGGAGCCCUCUAAGCAAGAGGAUCUACCUGCAGGGGAGAUUGGCAAGCAGCAAAAUGAACUGGAACUGAUCACAGAACAGGCUGAUUUGUUGCAAGAUUGUCUCACAUGGUUGCAAUGUCAUGGAACAUGGCUAGAGUUCACUGACCAUUCCAUAUGGAUGUUGAUAUGUUCUGUACUUACUGUACAUCAUAUGUCCCGUGGUCUUAGCUGGGAAUGUGUUGAGGAGGUCUUCUCAUCACAUUCACAUUUUCAUUACAGGCCGAGGUAUGGCAAACUGCAACAACUUGGUAACAUUAUAGAAAGGACCAUGAACAGUCAAAGAAGAUUCUUGAAAGCUGAACUGUGGAAUAAAAUACAAACAUACACAGUAUAUAAUAGACUGAAGGGUGACCCAACUGAUGUGAGACAGUCAAACCAAGAAGGCUCGAUUGUAGUGAGACAUUCACUGAAGGGUGACCCAACUGAUGUGAGACACUCAAAGCAAGAAGACCAAAUUGAUGAAUCUGACCUGGAAGGGCUCAAGAUCAGUACGGAAAAAACUUUGUUGUCAGAUAAAGAUGAAGCUCGAAAGAAACGGCAAGAAUACCAAACUGAGGUUGCAUUUUAUUAUUCGGAUAAUCCGAUUCGUCCAAGGCGCCCCAUUUAUGGAUCUUCAAAGUCAUCUUCAUCUCCACGUAGUUUCAGUGUAGAACAGCGUGAAGUAGAACCACUGAGUGCAAGAGAAGUGCAGGAAAAAGAAAAGCUCAAAAUGGCCGAGAUCCCUAAGAUUUCUGAGAGUCCAGUGAGGACAACCGGAACAAAGGAAGUACAACAAACCAAAGACAAAGGGAAACCGACGACAGAUUCACAUCAUAAGAAGGCCAUUGUGAAGCCUGGAAAAUCUACACACAAGGGUCCUCUGAAGAAGUAUGGAUCUUCAAAGUCAUCUUCAUUUUCACGUAGUUUCAGUGUAGAACAUCGUGAAGUAGAACCACUGAGUGCAAGAGAAGUGCAGGAAAAAGAAAAGCUCAAAAUGGCCGAGAUCCCUAAGAUUUCUGAGAGUCCAGUGAGGACAACCGGAACAAAGGAAGUACAACAAACCAAAGACAAAGGGAAACCGACGACAGAUUCACAUCAUAAGAAGGCCAUUGUGAAGCCUGGAAAAUCUACACACAAGGGUCCUCUGAAGAAGUAUGGAUCUUCAAAGUCAUCUUCAUUUUCACGUAGUUUCAGUGUAGAACAUCGUGAAGUAGAACCACUGAGUGCAAGAGAAGUGCAGGAAAAAGAAAAGCUCAAAAUGGCCGAGAUCCCUAAGAUUUCUGAGAGUCCAGUGAGGACAACCGGAACAAAGGAAGUACAACAAACCAAAGACAAAGGGAAACCGACGACAGAUUCACAUCAUAAGAAGGCCAUUGUGAAGCCUGGAAAAUCUACACACAAGAGUCCUCGGAUGAGUUACAUUCCUCAAAUGAGUCGCAUUCCUCAAAUUCCUCCAUCUUUUUGGGGAUCUUCAAAGUCAUCUUCAUCUCCUCGUAGUUUCAGUGUAGAACAUCGUGAAGUAGAACCACUGAGUGCAAGAGAAGUGCAGGAAAAAGAAAAGGAUGCCACUGACGAGCCCAUUGAUGAAGACAGCAAUGUAGAUGCUGCAGGAUUUACUUCAAUCACACAGACUACUCAAGCAGUUACACAGAUGGCACCAAGAAAUGAAUCGCCUUUUCAUCUUGAAGAUGUACUGAAUGAGUUUAACAAACAGACAUUGGACAUCAGUGCUAAUGAGAAGACUGACAUCUUGCUGCAGUUACCAUACAUGGCUGUUGGCUUCUUCAAUGAAAAAGGUGGCAUUUUGGCUCUGGUGAAAUUUGAUGUGCACCUUUACAUUCCGCAUGGUGCAAUAGCUGAAGGCCCUCCCCAGCUUGUGUAUAUCUAUGUCAACCCUGAUAUAGUUGUUGAUGAUAAAGUCUAUGGUGAAGAGAAACAAUUGUCACCAGAGGUUCAGUGUGGUCCUCCAGGUCUUACAUUUGAAGACAGUGUGGUGUUGUCUUUUCCUCAUCAUGCAGACUCAUCUGGCUGGGAGUUUACUGCUAAGAUGUGUCCAGCUUCUUCAGAAUCCUGGCAAGCCCUUGAUAGCAGCACUGAUGGUCAGCUGGUGUCUGCUAAGGGAGGCAGAGCAAUUUUUCUGGUCAAUCAUUUCACUGGGUUUGCAUUGUUUGGCACAUCAUCGGGUGUUAAUGGAAUUUGUGUGAGAGUUGGAGCCUUUGGAAAUAUCUUUGAUUUGAGGAGUUAUGCUUUUCGAGUUUAUAUGUGGAAGGAUGACAAGGUGUCUGAGGAGAGAGUUGAGGAACUUGAGAAGAAACAAAAAUCAGAAAUGUUGGAUACCUAUAAGAAUUUGAUUUUUGUCAAAGAUAGAGGACACAUGCAUGUGGAGAUGACAGAAACCGUUGAGGGAUGGGAAGUGAGACCACAAACAACCCAGGAGAUCCGAGAAGAGGAUGUAUGGGCGUUCUCUCAGAAUUCAGUCUCAUUCAAUGUGAGAAUUAGGGGAGGCAACAAAGAUGAAAUUCCUUACAUGGCUGUAAAUUGCUACCAGCAACAAGAAGGAGAUGAUGGUCAAGGAAGGAAGCUUCUACUCGAUGUUGGGCCAAAGCCAGCUCAAAUGAGGAAUAACAACUUUACCCAAACCUGUGAUGCUCAGCAGAGGCGUAUGUGCGAUGCUGCUCAUUCAAUUCCUGCUUCAUGCCAUACUGAUGGGAGUGGAGAUAAUACUAUGCCUAGUAAACCAAUGACUGAAGUCACUAAUGCCAUUUCAAGUGUAACCAGAAGAAGACCUUGCCAGGUGUUGUAUGGUGGCUUAUCAGACCAGAAAGUGAAUGAUCUUUGUGAGUUUCUUGACAAUCAAGCUGCUGGUUACCAUGGUUUGCCUCUUCUGGAUUAUCUCUCUGGUAAUGGAUACAUACCUCCCAAGACACCUAAAAAGGAAGUUCUAUCAACGUACUUUAGCCUGUGUACAAAGCACAACAUUCCUGACCAGGACGCUGUUCAAUAUCUGAAACUGGUCUUCCAUGAACUCAAUUGCACAAGAGCAGCAGAGAUAAUAGAACCAGGUGGUGAAAGAGCAGAUGCUGAAUCAAUCCCGCAGUUUCUUGACAAUGAGUCACUGACGAAAGGAGAUGCUGAGAUAUGUCUUAGAGAUUUAGCUAAAAAGCUAGGUCCAGAGUGGGAAGACUUAGCAACCUAUUUAGGCAUCAUAAAUAGUGAACUUACUGCAGUGAGAAGCGAAGGUUCUGGGAGAGUCAACAGCCAGAUAUUCAGCAUGCUAGUCAGAUGGAUGCAGGGAUUUGGUCCAUUUGGACAGGCGGCUUUCAACACUUUGUCAUCAAACUUGGGGAGGAUAGAAAGGAAUGAUCUGGUUGAGUUGUUAAAGGGAAAGGUAACAAGCAUAUUGUUCUUUAACAAACAAAACAACAGACAAUUGUUAAUGAAGGUAAACAAAGGUUCCAGCUCUUGAGUAUUCGGUCAGUGUCUGUGUCACUGCUAAUGCAUGUGGAGUAAUGCAAACAAAAAAUGCACUUACCAAUUCUUUUAGAAAAAAAAGAUCAAAUAAAAGAUGUGUUGUUACUAAUUUAAGGCUGUAAAAACAUUACUCUCAUUGUUCCUUUUCAGUUUUAUUGUUUUAUUUCAGACUUGAAAAUUGAAACAUCUGUCAGAAAAGCUAGAGGGACUCGAUAAACCUGGUCACUAUGCUUAUCUUACCCAAAUACCCAGUGGGUUUAACCUCACUUGGUAACGAGUAAUGGGGAGAGGUUGAUAGUAUAAAACAUUGUGAGAAACGGCUCCCUCUGAAGUGA